AUGAGAUACUUUAGAAGCACGAGGACAAAAAUGCCCAAGAAGAACAAACAAAGUGAUGAAAGGGAAAUUAUGAUGGAAAUGCAAAGGAAGUUAGCACAAAUAGAGGAUAAGCUUAAUUAUUUCAUUGGAGAUUCCCCAAAAAAGGUGGGAAAAGAUCAGGUGUUGGAUGAAGAUGAAACUCACUUUUUACAAAGAGCAAGAAAGGCGAUACAAGAGAGGUGUUCUGAUAAGACCAGUACUACAAAAAGUUAUAGGUCUUCUAUACAUGAAGAUUCUGAUAAGAAUUCGAAUGAUCAGCUUGUAAUCGAGACUUUUAAGUAUAAGAAGCAUAAGGUUAUUCCCUACUCCAGUAAAAUUGCAUUGAAAAGAUCGAGUGAACCUGAGUUUAUUGAAAAUUUCUCUAAAAAUAGGCCAACCUUGAACAUUGAUGUUACAAAGAAGUCUCAGAAAGGGAAAAAGAACACUUGCCAUCUUAAGAAAAAUAGUAAAAAGAACCAAUUAAUUCCAAAAGUUUCAAAGAAAAAUUCUACAAAAGGAGAUUUGACUGGAAGAAGUAGUCUUAUUAGCACAAGCCUGAAGGAGAAGACUAAAUAAGACAACCAAGAGCAACUACUUUGAUCUUAUCAAGAAGACGUAUAAUAAAGCACCAAUCGAAGAUCAAGCUAAUAAAACUACUCUUCAUAAAAGAUCUUCUAUCGAUGAGAGUUGUGAUGACUUUGAUAAAUACCUUUGACCUUCUCCCCAGUUGAUGCCUGAAGAGGAUAGAAAAGAUCAAAAGUUAUCUUCAACAGUCCCAAAGAAAGCGGUGACUACCAAAUUUAUUUCACUGAUGAGAGAUAAGCCUAUCAAUUAUAAUAGCAAAUACAAAUAUGUGGACCUUGAAAGCUCUUUAAACUCUUCCAAUAUGUCAAGAAACAGCAGCACAACACAAAAAAGGAUCUCAUCAACACAAAGAGUAAUGAAUACCUCUGACUCCAACAGAGGAAGGGAUGCUCUAAAGUUUAGAGAAAGUCUGAGGAAAUCUAGGUCUAACCUAAGACUAUCACUUAAUCGACCGAUAACUGAGAGAACCGACUUCAUGCAGUCUUGCAAGCCCAAAUUUACUCGUAUUAACUCGGAAAGAUCACUUGGCCUUAGAAAGUCUUACAAAAACCCUCAACAAAUGAAGAAAAUAGUCAAGAAGAAGACUUUAGAGAAGAACUUUUUAUCUAAAUCUUCGACAAAUUUCGCAUUUCUGAGGAACGCACAGCUAGACACAGUGUACAAAAACCUAGGUCAGAAGAAAUGCAAGAAGGAAUUACCAUCCAAGAAGCACAAGCUUAAGUUUGAUAUUGAAGGAGCCUUUGAUAAAACCGGGAAUUUCUCCAACCGAGACGAGGUAGAUGAUGGUUUCACGAGCAUGCAGACAUCCAACAACCCUCUCAGCAGCAAUAUUGAUGAAAACUCUCAAUGCUGGACUAGCUCAAAAAAUCCUUGAAAAGACAAACCAAGAAGAGGUAGAUAUAAUAGGAUAAUAAAUUACUAAUCUCCCAUUUCAA